GUACUUUGUUAUCUUGACUCACCCAUUGCCGGUACCUACGGCCGGAUAAAUAAAAAUACGAAAAAAGAGAAAAUUAGAAUAGGAACAUGGAAUAUAGGGAAACAUCCUCAAAUUUAUCUUAAUCACCAGGCUUAUAAUUAGCAUUGAAAGAAAUUUAAUCAAAAUAUCUCUGCAACCAAACACAUUGGGGGCGUAAACUUAUCUUCAACAUGACUCAUGUGAAGAAAUCAUAUAAAGUAUGUAUGGAAAAAGUGAUGAUAAUUAAAGCAAUUUUCUUAAUCUUCAAUAUAUAUAUAUGUAUUAAACAAAACUGAGCAAAAAGCAGACUGGAAAAAUUAAAUUGACAUAGAGGACACAUGACUACUACAAAAAACAAUUAAGAUGACAUCAUCCAAAAUAUCAAAUAAUUUCAGAAGUAUAAGCUGUAUGAUAAACAUUACAAGAAACUUUUGGGAAAACUGACAAUACUAAACAACAUACCAGUACAACACAUUUAUUUUGUGUUUUUCCUAGUGUCAGUAUUGAAAUGAAAACAGAAUACUACAAAUGAGGAAAAUAAGUAGGAAAUAUCAGUACAAUGAAGAAAUGCAAAAAGUCAGAAGAAAAGUGAAGAGAAGGUGACCAUAGAACUGAGAACCUUUCUUUAGUCUAUAAUGAAAAAAGUUGUUAAGUUAUUGAUUGCAAUAUUACUUUUUUAUUGACCUACUGAUGUUUAACACUACAUUAAUCUUAAUUUCAAAUGAAAGAGAAGUUUUCACAAGUUUCUCACAAUUCUGAUGGUACCAGUCCUAUCAUAAAUGAUGUUGAGAUAGUGGAAAACUAAUUAGGUAUCAGAAAGGGAUAUCGUCAUGAGUUCAGAAAUGGUUUUGUAGCUCCAAGCCAUCAACGUGCAUCCUCAUCUUUUGAAGGGGCUUCUAGAUAAAGGGUGAAAAAUGUUGAAGAAAAAAAUGCACAACUUAAGGAGAAAGUUACAAGUUUGGAGGAGAAGUUGGAUACAAUUCAAAAGCUACUUGAGCUGCAACAACAGCAGCAACAACAACUUCCUGAGCAGCAACAACAGCACCAACAGCCGCCACCACCACCACGGUUCCACUAAUAUCGACAUUCUCGAUCACAUUCCCAACAACAGCAUGCCCCGCCAAGCUGGUAUCAGCAGCCGCCAACAAUCACCUGAAUGAACUAUAAAGAUAAUUAUUUUGGUAGAUAUAUUUUGGAGCUUUUUGAUGGCUAGCUAGUUGAUUUCUAACUAUUUUGGUUUUUGUGUGCUAUACACGUAAAGGAGUGCCCUUUUAGCUCGUAAGGUUUUUGUGUGCUAUACACGUAAAGGAGUGUGCCCUUUUAACUCGUAAGUGAUCAGUGCAAGUUUACAAGAAAUUAAAGAAUACCCAUCUUGAUAAAUUCAUUCAAAAAUGGAUUUAUCUGUCGAGUUCACUGCGCAAGACAUAGCAGCUUUCUUGGAAGAGGAUUUUCAAAAUUCAUCUUUCUCCUCAGAAAAUGACUCCCCAACCUUGGUUCCGAGGAACAAGUCCAAUGUUCCAUCCAGCGCAAAAGCGUCUGAGAGUUCCAUUGCUGAGAAAACCACAAAACAACUCAAGCCUCAGUAUUAUUCUUGCACCACUCACAUUGUACAAAAUCCUAAUACCUCUUCUCCGAUAAUUCUCUCUUUUGGCAAUUCAAAUUUGUCUCGAAACCCUCAACACUUACUUGGCACCAUAAAUCUAGAGGAUGGUGAAAAUGAUACAGCUAAAGCUGGCCAAGGGACCAAGAGAACUGGCAUAGCUACAACACUAUCAGCUGAGUCACGAGACUCACGACGUCACACAAUAGCAGAGAGAAAGCGACGAGAGAAACUCAACAAGGGGAUAAUAGCUUUAUCAGCCCUUCUUCCUGGCCUCAAGAAGAUGGACAAAGUUUCAGUUCUUGGAGAGGCAACCAAGUAUGUGAAACAACUGCAAGAAAGAGUGAAGACACAGGAGGAACAGAUCAGUACUACUUCAAAAACAGGUAGUGCUGUUGAAUCAAGCGUCGGCAUCAAGAAGUCAUAUAAUUCUGAAAAGCAUUUCGCUGGCCACUCUGAUGAGCAGCUUCUGGAGAUCGAAGCUAAAGUAUGCGAUAACAAUGUGCUUUUAAGGAUCCAUGGCGAUAAACAGAAAGGAAUUCUGGUGAAAAUACUCACUGAGAUACAGAAGCUUCACUUGACAGUCAUCAACACUAGUGUUGUGCCUUUUGCCAACUCCACUAUCGAUAUAACCAUUGUCGCGCAGAUGGAAAAAGAAUUCAGCAUGACUGAGAAGGAUAUUGUGAGAAGACUUGGUUCAGCUUUAGGUGAAUUCAACCUCAACUUUGGAAGCAGGUUGUGGACUAACACAAAGAUUAUCACAUUUGGGGUUAAUUAGGGCACUGAGAAGGAACCUUGCUUGAGUACCUAUGUUUUAAUUUUUGAAAGUUAAAAAUUACUGUAAUUGUUUACUACAAGAUUGCAGUCUUUAAACAACGUCAAGCUUUAGAAGAGUCUACCAGGGCUCUUCAGAAUUAGAAUGGCAUGAAUGAAUUGAGGGCUACGCUGGGAAUUAAGACACUGUCCAAUGUCCACCUCAAGAUGGGGUUGGCUUGCUGCUUUGAUAUUCAACAAUAUAUAUAUAUAUAUAUUUCCACGAACGCAUUCAUUCUAUCUUUAAUUUGGAUAAAAUCUUCAAUGCAAAUGUUUUAGAUAUUUCAGCA